CUCUUCUUUAUUUUCAAGAGUUUUCAGGUCCUGAAGUCCUCUGAAUGCAAACCUUCCCCCAGUAUCAGUCUCAGUCCACAUAAGUCAUUUAAUGACCUGAGUAAAUCUCUGUCUGCUUGGAAAAGUGAAGUGGACGACCUCUGCAAAAAGAACAUGAUAAAGAUAUCUAGAGAAGUGGCCAGUGUGGCGAUCUUCGUUCCAAAAACCAGGGAGGACUUUUUAAAGUACUCCUGUGAUCUUACAUUCGAUCCAAACACGGCAAACCAGGAGCUCCUACUGUCUGAAGGGAACAAGAGAGUGACAAGACGAAAGUGGGAGGAUUACCCAGAUCAUCCAGACAGAUUUAUAGGACACGCUCAGGUGCUGUGUGAACAGGGCUUUAGUAGACGUGUUUACUGGGAGGUUGAGCUGGAACAGGAGAAAUUUGGGGCUGGAAUUGCAGUAGUUUACAAAAGCAUCAGUGCGAAAGGCAAUUUUCGAACAGAUGAGAAAGCCUGGUGUCUGCAAUUUACAGGUAAAGAAUGCAGUUUCUGGCACCUGGGUGAAAAAACUGAAAUCUCCAUAAGUCCCACCUCUAGAAUAGGAGUGUAUGUGGACUACAGGGCAGGAACUUUGUCCUUCUACAAUGUCUCUGACUCAAUGACCCUUUUACAUUCUGUUAACAUAACAUUCACUGAAUCCAUUUAUCCUGGAUUCUGGGUUAGUAGUUCACUAAAACUUUGCUCUUAA